GCUCGACGGGCCUCCAGACUGCCAACCCUUGCUGACCCUGAACUCACUCGCUCGCUCGCUCGCUCGCUACCUCGCGAUUUACCAUUAAACGUCCAAUCAUGGCGCAAGCAAAGGGUAUGAGUGACGACGCCAUCCUCGAUGCCAUCUUCGACCCAGAGAUGCCGCAGCUGCCCGGCGCGCAGCCACCCAAGGACAACACGGCGACUGCGGAUCAGGAGCAGGACCCCGUCAGCGAGGCCGAACUUGAGCUGCGCCAGCUGGAGACGGAGGCAGCCAAGCUGGCCGAAGGCGGUCAACUGGACGAGGCCCUGCAAAAGUUUGAACUUGUCCUGGCCAAGGACCCCAAGCGUGCUAGUGCCUACAACAACCGCGCCCAGCUAUAUCAGAUGAAGCAUGACACCGAGGCAGCUUGGAAAGAUUUGGACAUGGCCAUCAAUCACUGCCCCCUCCCCCGCGAAGUGGCCAGCCAAGCCUAUGCGCAACGCGGCGUUCUGAAUCGCGUGCGCGGGAACGACGACGCCGCUCGCGCUGAUUUUGAAAAGGCAGCCGGGUUUGGCAACCAGUGGGCCCGCCGCAUGGCCGUCAAACUUAACCCCUACGCCGCCCUCUGCAACCAGAUGCUGACGCAGGCCAUGAAGGAGCUGCGUGGCGAGGCCCCGGCCUCGGCCUGCACACCGGCCCAGAAUCAGUCCCAGUAGGCCAAACCGGUCUAAACGCUCUUGUCAAACUCAUGCUCGACGGCCGCUUCGUCGGCCCUGACGUCUCGAGGCGUGGAACGAGCGUGUGCAGCGCACACGUCUCUGUGGGAUUUGAGCUUGGUCUCUCGAGAGCCCGCAGACACCCUCGUUCCGCUUCCCCC